AUGGAGAGUUGGGGGGGGGGGUGGUGAGAGGCUGGUCACGUGGUCUUCGGACAAGGCGCCGCGGCCGUUGCUGAAGCCGCUUGUUUGCCGGCGGCGGAGAGAAGCUCCGGGAGGCCCCGGGCGUCGGAAAUGGAGGAGCCGCAGACGGGAGGCGCGGACGGACCGCCAGCCGGGGAGGUGCCGGAGAAGCCGGAGCCGCCGGCGGGAGCGGGGGGCGCCGGGGAGAAGCCAUUCCACUGCCCCGGCUGCGGACUGGGGUUCCGCCGCUCCUCCAACAUGGCUCGGCACCGGUGCCGGCAGGGCGGCCAGCGGCCCUACCCCUGCGGCGACUGCGCCCGGGCCUUCAACUACCCGUCGGAGCUGGCCAUCCACCGGCGCAGCCACACCCGGGAGCGGCCCUUCAUCUGCUCGGCCUGCGGCAAGGGCUUCCUCUACUCCUCCAACCUGCUGACCCACCAGCGGGUCCACACGGGGGAGCGGCCCUUCGCCUGCCCGCUGUGCGGCAAGGGCUUCACCCGCUCGUCCAGCCUGGCCGCCCACCGGCGGGUGCACUCGGAGGAGCGGCCCUACCCCUGCGGGGGCUGCCCCCGCCGCUUCAAGAGCGAGAAGGAGCUGAAGAUCCACCGGCGGCUGCACGAGGGGGAGCGGCCCUACCCCUGCGGGGUGUGCGGCAAGGCCUUCACCCAGCUGGCCGUCCUGCUGACCCACCAGCGGGCCCACACCGGCGAGCGGCCCUUCGUCUGCUCCCUCUGCGGCAAGGCCUUCGCCCGCUCCUCCAGCCUGACAGCCCACGCCGGCGUCCACUCCGACGCCCGGCCCUUCCCCUGCCCCCGCUGCGACAAGCGCUUCAAGAGCGCCAAGGAGCUGAAGGUGCACGGGCAGGUGCACUCGGAGGAGCGGCCCUUCCCCUGCGACGUCUGCGGCGAGCGCUUCCGCCAGGCGCGCAACCUGCAAGCCCACCGGCGCACCCACACCGGCGAGCGGCCCUUUGCCUGCUCCCUCUGCUCCAAGUCCUUCGCCCGAUCCUCCAGCCUGCUGGCCCACCAGCGGGUGCACAGCGACGACCGGCCCUUCCCCUGCCCGGACUGCGCCAAGCGCUUCAAGAGCGCCAAGGAGCUGGCCACCCACCGCCGGGUCCACACUGGCGAGCGGCCCUACCCCUGCCCGCUCUGCCCCCGCCGCUUCACCCAGCCCUCCAUCCUGCAGACCCACCGCCGGGUCCACACCGGCGAGCGGCCCUACCCCUGCCCGCUCUGCCCCCGCCGCUUCAUCUGCGCCUCCAGCCUGCUCAACCACCGCCGGGUCCACACCCGCGAGCGGCCCUUCCCCUGCCCGGUCUGCGGCAAGACUUUCCGCCAGUCUGCCAACCUGCAGACCCACCGGAGGCUCCACCUCUGACCCGGCCCCCGGGUCCCCAACUGCACCGCCGUGAGCGAGGGGGAGGAGGAAUGGGGGGUGGGGGUGUUAGUUGGGAAACCCGGCCCUUCCUUGACUGCACCGCGGUGAGCUAG